CGUUGCCUCGCCAAGACCGCCAUCAUCCGCCAAUGUCGCAGCCGUUCCAGGACAUCGCCGAGGUGGAGCCCCUCAACACUCCUGAAGCGCAGCUGGAGUUCCAGAACUUUGUUCUGUCUUCGGCAGAGCAAGUUCUCACAAACAGCCGUGCGCCUCUGGCUGCCCCACGGCCAACCAGCAGCGUGCCCUUCAAUGUCGGCGGCUCGAACUUUGGGUUUUCGAAUGUGCCCUCGACUCCGGAUGUCGGCGCCAUCAAGCCUGCUUUCUGGACCCUCGAUUACUACAAGCAGUAUUUUGACGUCGAUACCAACGAGGUCGUGAGCCGCAUUACCGCUUCGCUGCUACCAAAGGAUGACUUUGUCGCGCUCGUCGGCGGCAAGCCCGAUCUAUAUGGCCCAUUCUGGAUCUCGACGACUGUCAUCUUCACCCUCUUUGUGACUUCGACUAUUGCCGGAAGCAUCUCGGCCAUCAUCAACGAUCAGCCGUUCAAUUACGACAUGGCGCUCCUUUCGUUCGCCGUCGGUGCCGUCUACUUUUACGCUGCCGUGAUGCCGCUGGUGAUCUGGGCUGUGGCCCGGUACUUUGCCUCGCCCUCGUCCGUCUUUGAGAUCAUCGAUGUGUAUGGCUAUGGUUUGACCAUCUGGGUUCCGGCCUCGCUCAUUUGCGUCAUCCCGUCAAAUCUCAUUCAAUGGAUCCUUGUCCUGGCUGCAUUCGCAUCCUCGACAUACUUCAUCGUCCGAAGCUUGCACCCCGUUGCGGCUGCUACACAGCCUGCAUACGCCAAGUCGGUCGUCGUCGGCAUCAUCUUGGGCUGCCAGAUCAUUUUUGCGCUCAUUUUCAAGCUUGGCUUCUUCUCGUAUGCUGGAAAGUCCACCGUCACCACGCCGUCGGCACCCUCUGCUCGCAUCUGAGACCAGAGAGAGCAGCGCCCUCUACUCUGUCGGUGGAGUCUUCUGGUGGGACAGUCGCCUGGCAACUCUGCACUGCCAACUCGAGACCGCAGCCGAGUGCGGCAUCAGCGAGUGCACGGUUCCACCGAACCCAAUACAUUGUUUGCUUUGA